CCCACAUUGCGAUCACAUACACCGCACACAUUCACACCCCUGUAGUCAAGCAUAGUGUGACCCGUGAAGCAAGGUCGAAGCGCACAGCCGUGCGGCGCGGUGAGCUUCUCGUUAGGUUUACAAUUUCCUUGAACAAAUUGGUAGAGCACGUGCAACAACCCGCCCUUAAACAUGAACGAGAAAGCACCGCAAAGACAUCUGCAGGAUACGGGCGUUGACCCCCUGGACUCUAAAGGCGUGUGUGUUUGCCCUAAAUGUGGUGGGCCUAGCGGAGGCAAGUUGCUGUCGCAACGUACAGUGGACAAGCUCAGCUUCGAGAUAUUUCUCCAAGAUAGGUACAAGCACAUCUGGAUGAGAAGAAUGGAAGACCUCCCCCUCCACACCUGUGACCCGAAGAACGCGUCUUCCCUCCCGAUCCCAGGCAGCCCUCGAGAAGGGCCGGGACGUCAGCAGGACACGGGCGUUGUUGACCCAAUGGACUCUAAAGUUUUGUGUCUAUGCCCAAAAUGUGAACCUAACGGAGGCAAGUUGCUGUCACAACGCACAGUGGACAAGCACAACAAGGAGGCACGGGUGAAAAGAAUGGAAGACGACCGGCUCCGCACCAGCGACCCGAAGAACGCGCCUCUCUUCCCAGGCAGCGAAGUCACUGUUCAGCAAGCUGCUACAAAGAUCUUGUCCUUGCACGAACAUUUUCCAGAGGUGAACCAAGGAGCGACAAGUGAGAUACUCCGCAUCCUGCACCACUUCAUCCUCCCUGAUGAGAACGGUCUGCCAGAUUCUUUCACUGCUGCAAAGAAGAUUGUUACGACAUGUGAUGCCUGCCCAGAAGACCAUGUUGCAUCUGAUGGUCCCUAGGUUGCACUGCCCCCGAUGCUCUGCACCAAGUCGAAUUGGAGAAGAUAUCAGCAACACCAAGCCGUGAAUCAGCUGCUGGGGCAACCACUGUGCCGUCCGGGAAAUCAACAACAGCACCUCACGCAUAUACUAAACAAUCAACUACGAACCAAAAAGCCUUUUAAGAUGGCGGCCGGUCAGUGCACGCACCAUUACGAAAACACUGUCAUUCCGUAGCUCCACACUGACUUUCGACUAAAUGAAUGAAAGUAAUGCAAAGAAACCUUAACGCCUGAAUCGUAAUGCUCGAGAAAUGCUAAAAGUAUCAAGAAGCAAGCACUAAAUGACUAAUGCCCAAGUUCUCACUUGUUCAUACAUUGUUACGGUCUGUUACUCAUGUGGACGAUUGAGGGCGCCGUUUAGCCCAACCAAUCAGUUACAAAUGUAUUGCUUUUUUUUUAAAUGCACGUGUACAGCGCCGCAGAAUAUUUUUUUUAUGACAGGGAAGGAAUUUUACCACUUUUUUGGGGUGGCUUGCUAAUACCAGGAUCCAUAAGAUAAACAGUAUAUUAUAAUACGUUCAAUUGAUUGUCGUCCAGUUAUUUUAAUUACUAUUGCAUACUUUUCAAGUUAGUUGAUUAAAAUCUGGGUUUUUUUUAAUUGUUAGGAAGCAUGUUGUUCCAUUGGAACUGGAAUAAGUUUUGCUAAUAAACUGGUCCUGAAACUGUGAUGUAAAACA